CCUCAGCAACCUCUGCGAAAAGAACCACACCGCAACUUUACUCUACUACAGCAAAUCAUAAGCUGCAUCGUUAGCCAUGGCUCUCGAUCGUGUUGUCAGCUUGGUCCUGCGAGCGGCCGAGCUUGUCUUUGCGGCCAUCGUCGCUGGCGUCAACGGCGAAUACCUUCACAAUGCCCGUGGCGCAAGCUCAUGGCAGCUCGGCCGUUUUAUCUACACCGAGGUCGUUGCCGCGUUGGGCAUGCUCUUCUCUCUACUUCUUCUGAUCCCGUUCUCAAGCACUUUUGUCCAUUGGCCGUUGGACAUUUUCAUGUCCAUCAACUGGUGGAUUGUAUUUGGUCUUCUCGUCGAUCUUGUCGGCACCUCUUGUGGUCGUGUCUUUGACUGGAACAACGUCCACCCAGUGCAUGGAGACCAGUGUGGGAAGACCAAGGCUGUCAUCGCCUUCAGCUUCCUUUCAGCUCUCCUGUGGCUCGUGUCUGCCCUCGUCGGCUUCUUCUGGGUCAGGAAGAGAGAGCGCACUGCACGAAGAGCCGAAGAUGCCCACCACAACCGUCGCCGAGGCCCUUGGUUCCGCAGCAGAGUUUGAGUCUAGACUCAUGCCCGCUUGCAGCAGCAAUCAGCCUGAAGCUUUCCGUGUCUGCUGAAGACUUUUCCAAAAGAGCUAGGCAGUGAUCUAAGUUGACCAACUGUCGGUCUUGGCAAGUGAUUGGAUUGCGUGAAACAUUCCGAGUUACCGUGCCUGUGUGGGAACUAAUGCAUGAUAUGUUGGAGGAUUUCCUUGUUUUUCUUCGAUGUCUGUUUUGGGUUGGACCUUGGCGUUGUAUAACGCGGAAUAGGAGAUACGGAUACUGUGCCAUGGAAGUGUUGGAUUGUUUACGAAUAACGGAUAUGACUUUGCUAGCCGUUACCUAAUUAAUCAAUCGAUGUAAUGC